AUGUAUCUAGAGAUUGGAGGAUUUCUAUCUCUUUUUGGGUUUCUACUGAUAUUCAUCGGAGUCCUGCUAUUUUUUGAUAGGGGUCUCAUAGCGCUUGGGAAUAUUGUUUAUGCUUCAGGAAUAACUGUUCUAUUUGGGGUUCAAAAGACCCUUAUGUUUAUAUUGCAAAAGAGAAAAUUAAAGGGAUCCCUCUUUCUAUUUGUUGGUAUGUUGAUCGUAAUCUUCCUUCGCAGGCCUUUCAUCGGGCUAAUUGUUGAAGUUGUCGGAGCAUUUUAUCUUCUCAGUGAUACUCUUCCUGUUAUCAUCGACUUUGCUAAGACCCUGCCAGUUGUUGGGAUAUUACUGUCUAUCCCUCCAAUUUCGACUCUUGUAGAUAGCUUACGAGGCGGGCCGCGGUUGCCAAUUUAG